AGUGGCGCAAGCUCUCCAGAAAGAGAGAGAGAGGAAGACAUUGCAGACAGUCGCAAGCAAGCAUCCAGGAGCAAUCGGUUGUGCAGAGCCCAUAAACUUUUUGUUUCAUCAUAACCCGAAGACAAAGAGGUCUCUGACUGACUGACUGACUGCUGAUCUAAGCACUACUACCAACCCAGUUGUGCUCGCCAUACUAAGUGGAGCUCUUUCUACCCCAAGUCCCUCUAAGCUUCCCGUCCGGCUCUAAAACGGAGGUCGUUGGGCUGGAGUGUGUUCUCAUGGCUGAGUCAGAGACUGAGUGUGACACACCCGGCCUUGACACGCUGGGGUCGGAGUGUGUCAUUGCCCACAGCCAGGUUGACCUGCACUACGCGGCCGAGACGGAGAUCAUGACGGAGGAGAAACGUGGCCUGGAGCUGGAGAUCCACGGGGCCGACCUGGCCAAGAUCCAAGGGCUCACUGCCGUGGCCUGCGUGGAUGCCAUCGUCACGGAGACUGACCAUGACUACGUGACCAAGCCGGACCACCACGGGGAGAUCCAGUGCUUCACCUUGGGGGGCGAGGUCAAGGGGGAGGCGCUGCUGGGAGAGGUGCUGUUAAAAACCGAGACGGAACAUGUGGUUAAGGUGGAGUCGGACCACGUGGGGGGCGAGCUGACUGUGGAGUCCGAGAAUGGCGUUGUGAUCCACGAGGCCCAUGGCCUGCAGUGCAACGAGUGCGGAGAGAUCUUUGGCAGCAUGGCCGACCUGCACCAGCACUUCGAGAUCCACAAGGCCACCAACCCUUAUAUCUGCGUGCACUGCGGCGAUAGCUUUGCCGUGGAGUCAAGCCUCAAGCAGCACAUGAAGAUCCACAUGAAGGAGAAAGCGUACGCCACCACAGGCGUGGAGAUGGUGGGCAAGGGGGUGAUCGACGCUUUCAACCUCAAGUCUCACCAGAUGAUCCACAGCCCGGAGAAGCCCCACCGUUGCUCGGAGUGCGGCAAGAGCUUUGCGGCGGCCAUUACCCUGCGGGAGCACAUGAAGAUGCACUCGGAGGACAAGCCAUACAAGUGCACCCAGUGCAGGAAGAGCUUCAUCCGCCGGCGCCACCUCAAGAAGCACCAAGAGCUCCAUGCCAGGGAGAAGCCCUUCACCUGUUCCCAGUGCGGAAAGGGCUUCACCACGGCCUCUAGCCUGAAGCAGCACCAGAAGACCCACGCGGGGGACAAGCCCCACCGUUGCACACAGUGCGGGAAGUGCUUCGCUGCAGCUGCCACCCUGCGGGAGCACCAGCGCAUCCACUCUGGGGAGAAGCCCUACAAGUGCAACCAGUGCAGGAAGAGCUUUGUCCGCAAGCGCCACCUUAAGAAGCACCAGCUGGUCCACUCGGGUGGGAAACCCUACUCCUGCGCCCAGUGCGACAAGAGCUUCAACCACUCCUCCUCGCUCUCCCGGCACCACAAGGUCCACCUGGAGGCACGCAUCUACUCCUCCCCUCCACAGGGCAAGGCCUUCUCCUACGGGUCCACUAUGAAGCAGCAGGCAAGGCUGCACCAGGGUGGAGGGGGAGGCGUGGGAGACAAACCGUACACCUGCAACCACUGCGACAAGAGCUUCAAUCAUUCCUCCUCCUUGUCCCGCCACCAAAGAGUCCACUCGGAGGGGAAGAGCUACACCUGCGGCCACUGUGGGAAGAGGUUCAACCACUCCUCUUCCCUGUCCAGGCACCAGCGUGUUCACCAGGAGGAGAAGCAGCAGCAGCAGCAGCAGGUGGUGGUGCAGCAACAGUACAGCGCCGUUCCCUCGACGAAGGGAUUCCCCCACACCACCAUCCUCAAACAGCGCAUCCUGGCCAGCGAGAAGCCAUACAGGUGCUCCCAGUGUGGCAAAGGCUUCAACCAUUCAUCUUCUCUCUCCAGGCAUCAUAGAAUCCACAUCGACCAGUGAGAUCCCUACACACACACCUACUCCGUCUCUCACUCACACACAGCCCUGGCCGACACCCACCCGUGAUGUUUCUGUUCUACCAAUCUGUCCCGAGCUCCAGACGACAAGGACUGCAUCGAAUAAAACCAGGCCAGCUCUCCCAGUAACAGUGUAGUGGUCAGGGGCAGAGUUUAACUGUCUCUGUGUGGAGCAGUCGAUACUAACGGACAAUGACACAACAAAAAUAUCCUCCUUUUCAAGAGGAGAAAAAGAAGUUCUAGCCUGAACUUAUAAUAACCCUUUACAGGCGAGCUGUUGGGUUGCUUGACAAGUUCCUUGGACUUUCAGAUCAGUUAGUUUUGAAUAAAUUGUGUGAUAGACAUUUUGAAUGAGCCUGUAUUUCUCAUUUGUGAUUGUGCUUUUCGCUCCAGAACCCCUCUUUUUGAUUGCUUUUAAAGAAAAUAAACAUUAUUUUGAUAAUCUAGAUACAUGUUACCCGACUAACGGAGAGAAACUCCUGUAGUUAUUUCACUCGUGCAUAAUUCUCCCCCUAUUAUAUGGAGUGCUUAUCCGAUCUGACCCUCGUUGAGGUCAAUCUCCCACUCUUGGCUACUGAUGCAACUUGCUAUCGAGUCAUACUGUCUUGAUGGUAUAAAUUAGCAAUUCUUCAAUUGUACUUUUUUUUUUACCCCAUCUUACCACCUGUAAAAUCAUGACGAAAAGACAUAAAUCCUAUGUAAAUAAAUGUUGAUUUAUCCUUUUUUUUAUAUAUCUGUAUAGGUGACUACUGUGCAGUUUUGUUCCAGAAAUGAGAUGUUUUUUUAUAGUAACAUCCACGUAAUCUCUCCCCUCCCUUCUCCAUUUUCCUUUUUAUUAAUUGUUUUUGUUACAGAGCUACCAGGAAAUGUUGCUACUGCUCUCGUAUGUACAUACUGUCAUGUCUCGGAUCUGGGUUUCCAUCCAGUGUGAUGCAGCUCCAUGGGGAUCAGGUAAAGUGGAUCGGUAUGUACCCAGUGACAUGGUCCAUACUGUACAGCUAAAGACUGUGGAGAGCAAUACUGCCUCAAGCCACCGUAUUUUGUGGUGCAAUUAACACAUGACAAUGAGAAAUGGACAAAAUGCAUCGCAAAAAAAUAAAACUAUCUGGUAGCGUUAUCUGAAGUUGACUUGCGUCUGUUUUAAUUGAUAAUUCCCUAUCCAGUUCUCUGUUCCAGCACCAAAUGUACAUUAUUAUUAUUAUUAUUAUUAUUAGAUAGACGAUGGAUGGACUCGGAUGUUCAAGAGUUAUUUCUUGCUAUUGCUUUAGAGACUAAUUUGAUUAGCAGUGUAUAGAAUUAUAGUUGGCUUCACUGAAGGUUUUCGGAGUAGAAGUUAUCAAAUCUGACCGUGUAAUAAUAGCGUAGUGUAUACUACCUAGCUAGACUAGAGGUUGCUUUUACUGACAAGACUCUUAAUUUUGAACUUCCAGGUUUUCCAAAUUCCACAGGAUUACGCUUUCUAUUUACUGUUUGGUGUAAAAAAAUAUAUAUCUAUUUUAAAAGCUGAUGUAUUUUUUAAAAUACGGUUUGGGUCAUUUUGAAAGGGAAAAAUAGCUAUUAUACAGUUUUUUAUGGGAGGGAAUGUUUUAUUUUGAGUAGUCUUUAUUCUUUUCCCCUUUGAAUAACAAUUGUGCUUCAAACAGUAGCAUAGGCUUAUUCCUUGUGUUAGAUAGGUGCCUUAUUGCAUGCUAUGGAAAUGUAUGCCGAACUGUCAUAAAACAAAAACAUACAAAAAAAACUUGUUCGGUUUUGGCAACACCUUUUUUCUUAUUCAGAACUUACCCCCAACAUUUUAAGUUGACGUCAUUACUUUAUUAUUUUUGGGCUUCUAUGUAUAUUAUGUGUUUACACAUCUUCAUUGUCAUUUAAUUUGCUCUCCUGUCUUUGUUGAUUGGCCUCAAUGUAGAUUUUCUUAGAGGUUGAAUUAAGGAAAAAAAGUGAGUUACAUUGUUUUUGCUCCCUAUAUGGCUCGGCUUUCUGUAGAGGUCCCACCCAGCUCCACCUCUCCCCAAAUCUCUGAGUGGUACAUAUAUGGAUAAAUAAAAGUUGACUGUAAACAUUG